AGUGGUUAAAGUGAACACACAAUGGCCAAUAAUCACAAACCUUCAGCAGCUCGCCCUGUUUCACGAGGUGGAAUUGGGUUGCCUGGAAGACCUCCUUCUGGAAUACGACCCCCCUCAGGAAAUAUUCGAGUGGCAACUGGAAUGCCACCUGGAACAGCAAGACCAGGCUCUCGUGGCGGUCCCAUAGGGACAGGAGGAGUUCUGUCUUCUCAAAUCAAAGUUGCUGACCGUCCUGUAACACAACAAGGUUUGAGUGGAAUGAAAACUGGAAUGAAAGGUCCCCAGAGGCAAAUUUUAGACAAAUCUUACUAUCUUGGGCUUCUUCGAAGUAAAAUAAGUGAACUUACAACAGAAAUUAAUAAACUUCAGAAAGAGAUAGAAAUGUACAAUCAAGAGAAUUCAGUAUAUUUGUCAUAUGAAAAGAGAGCUGAGACUUUAGCUGUUGAAAUCAAAGAGUUUCAAGGACAAUUAGCAGACUACAACAUGUUGGUAGAUAAACUUAAUACCAAUACUGAAAUGGAAGAAGUAAUGGAUGAUUACAACAUGCUUAAAGCUCAAAAUGAUCGAGAAACACAAAGUAUGGAUAUCAUAUUUACUGAAAGACAAGCGAAGGAAAAACAAAUUAGAAGUGUAGAAGAAGAAGUUGAACAGGAAAAACAAGCAGCAGAUGGCAUUAUCAAAAACAUGUCUCCUGAAAAACAAAUCAAGUACACAGAAAUGAAAACCACAAAUGAGAAAUUGUUGCAGGAGUUAGACACACUUCAGCAACAACUAGAUUCACUGAACAUGAAAAAAAAGAGCUUGGAAGCUGAAAUAGCACACUCCCAGGUAAAACAGGAGGCUGUAUUGCUGCAUGAAAAACUUUAUGAAUUGGAGUCCCAUCGAGACCAAAUGAUUACUGAAGACAAAAGCAUGGGAUCUCCAAUGGAAGAAAGAGAGAGAUUACUUAAGCAGGUUAAAGAAGAUAAUCAGGAAAUAGCCAGCAUGGAGCGACAGUUAACAGAUAUAAAAGAAAAAAUAAACCAGUUUAAUGAAGAAAUUAGACAACUGGACAUGGAUUUAGAAGAACACCAAGGCGAAAUGAAUCAGAAGUACAAGGAACUAAAAAAACGAGAGGAAAAUAUGGACACUUUUAUUGAGACUUUUGAUGAAACUAAGAAUCAGGAACUGGAAAGGAAGGCACAGAUAGAAGCCAGCAUUGUUGCACUUUUGGAGCACUGUAGUAGAAAUAUAAAUCGUAUGAAACAGAUCUCUUCUAUCACCAAUCAAGAGCUGAAGAUGAUGCAGGAUGAUCUCAAUUUUAAAUCUACGGAAAUGCAGAAAUCACAAAGUACAGCUAGGAAUUUGACUUCAGAUAGUCAACGUCUACAGUUGGAUCUACAGAAAAUGGAACUUCUGGAAAGUAAGAUGACUGAGGAACAACAUUCUCUGAAAAGCAAAAUUAAGCAAAUGACAGCUGACCUAGAGACAUAUAAUGAUUUGCCAGCUUUAAAAUCAUCAGGUGAAGAAAAGAAAAAGAAGUUACAUCAGGAGAGAACAGUAUUAACAACCCGCAGAAAUGCCUUUAAGAAAAUAACAGAGAAGCUAAAUGUAGAAUUUGAGACACUAAAAACACAAUUGCAAGAAAAUGAGACACAUUCUCAGCUUACAAAUUUGGAGAGGAAGUGGCAACACCAUGAGCAAAAUAAUUUUGUGAUGAAAGAAUGUAUCCUUUUAAAAAAGGCAAAU